GUCCGCGUUGGAGCCGGGGCGGUCGUGACGUGGCAGAGAGCGAGCAAAGAGGAGAGCGAACCAGGCUCCUCGGACGCAGACCAGCCUCAGUGAGCGGAGGUCGUGAGCUCUUUCCAGCGCCCUGCGAUAGCGUAGCGCUAUCCGUAGAGGAGGACAAGCGAAGAAAAGCGAGCAGGAGGGACCGGCGCUCGGGUCGCUGCUUCUGCCUCCCCCUUCGACGCGGCCAGCACCAUCCCGCUCGCUCCUUGCGCCGCAGCCCCAGCCCGGAGCCGCCAUGGGCCUCACCAUCUCCUCGCUCUUCUCGCGCCUCUUCGGCAAGAAGCAGAUGCGCAUCCUCAUGGUUGGCUUGGAUGCAGCUGGAAAAACCACUAUUCUCUAUAAACUCAAGUUAGGAGAGAUUGUCACUACAAUUCCAACAAUUGGCUUUAAUGUGGAAACAGUAGAAUAUAAAAACAUUUGUUUCACUGUUUGGGAUGUUGGUGGUCAAGAUAAAAUUAGACCACUCUGGAGGCAUUAUUUUCAGAACACACAGGGUCUCAUUUUUGUGGUAGAUAGCAAUGACAGAGAGAGAAUUCAAGAAGCAGCAGAAGAACUGCAGAAAAUGCUUCAAGAAGAUGAGUUGAGAGAUGCUGUGCUGCUUAUCUUUGCAAAUAAACAAGACUUGCCAAAUGCCAUGGCAAUCAGUGAAAUGACAGAUAAACUAGGCCUUCAGUCCCUGCGUAAUAGAACUUGGUAUGUUCAGGCUACCUGUGCUACACAAGGUACUGGUCUAUACGAGGGACUUGACUGGCUGUCAAAUGAGCUAUCAAAGCGUUAACUGCAACUGGAUGAUUUUCGCAUCAAGGACAUGUUUGAUAUAAGUGGUCUAGGCUUGUUACAUCAAAAUUAGCUGCAUCUUGGUUAUUAUACAGUAUCUGGAACUGAUUUGGGCAGGAUAUUACAGCAUUUUUACUUAUUUUGUUGCCAAUUAUUGUUCUCCAAGCUGUAUGUUGCCAAGGUAGCAAUAGGCUUGGAUUAAAAAAAGAAACUCCUUAAUUUGGAAAAAGUGUAUCUUCUGAUUUUUCCUUUUGUUGUUAGCCUAAAUGCCUGAAUAUAGUUGUGACUUUGAAAUCUAUCGAAUGCUUAUUGAGCCCCAAUUCAAUUAAGUAUAUUUAAAAAACCCUCUUCUCUAUCAGUUACCAAUAUCUUGUUUCAUUCCGUAAGACAUUCUGCUGACUUAAUCUAGCAUUCCAUUUAUAUUUAUUUCUCUCCCUUAUAAAAACACUUCCUAAUAUUGCCAACAAAAUGCUCUAAAACACUAUUCAAAUCUUCUGCACUGAGGAACAUUUUAUUAACCCCCCUCCCCCGAAUUGACCCACUUUUGCCUUUGUGUGAACUCAGCCUGAUAAUACUUAGUAUUUGCAACAAGCUCAUUGGAGUUUUUAAUAUUCAGCAGAUUCUUUUUUUUCUUUUUGCAUGUUGCUUUCAGUAUCAGCCUGUUUUGCCCAGUGUAUAAUAGUUCUGCUAAAGUUUUAUUGUUUAUUGGUGAACAUAUCUUCAUGAAAAGAUUUUGAGAAUUCUUCAGACUUGAUGGAUUAAUUUCUUUAUAACCUAUUCAGAAUUAUUCCUAAUUAAAAUGAUACAAAUGUAUAGCUUUGUGUAUGCUCCUUGAAUCUUACUUUGUGGAACUGAUAAUAUGAAUGUGUGACAGAUUCUUUUUCAAUAAACGGAGUUUUUUCUGUACCUUGAACACAAACAGAUCUGAAUAGACUUUGAAUUGUUUUCAAUUUGGCAAAAAACUAAGAUGGGCAGUUAAACUUGUGUACGACAUAACUGAUUAAUCAUCAAAGCUAAUAUCCUGUAAAAGUGUUUUGAAGCUGUAAAACUAAAUUCUUUUAAAAUGUCCAGAUAUGACAGUACUUAGAGUUCAGAAUUGUAAUAAAGUACAAACUGCCCAAA